AUGACUUCCUCUGCAGUCGUACCCGGCCAGGUUCUAGCCAGCACAUCAUCCCACAUCCCCGGUCCAGGCACUCACGUCUAUGAGAACAACAUCCUCGCCUCAAUCCUGGGCCAAUCAGUUAUCACGCCGGCACCGAACAAAUCGAGCAAGCCGACGGUCUCCGUUCCUCGUCAAGCCACGGCUCUAGCUUCAAUCAACUCCCUCCCAAAAGUAGGCUCGGCGGUUCUCUGCCGCGUCACCAGGGUCCGACAACGGGAACUUUCGGCCUCGAUCCUGGCCAUCGUCGACGACGCCGCAUCCAUCUCCGCCAACGACAUCGUCUCUUACUCACAAAUCACCGACGACGACCUGCAGUUCCAAUGCGUGCUUCGGCGCGAGGACAUCCGCACGCACGAAAAGGACAAGAUCGUCAUCAACGACAUGUACCGCGUCGGCGACAUCAUUCGCGCGACCGUGAUCAGCUUGGGCGACGAGAGGAACUACUACAUCAGCACGGCGGGGAAUGAGUUUGGUGUCGUGGUGGCCACGAGUGAGGCCGGCAACGCCAUGGUCCCCGCCAGUUGGAAGGAGAUGAGGGACGCCGUGACUGGGAAAGGGGAGAGUCGAAAAGUCGCGAAACCUUCAUGA